AUGUCGACUACAACAUCCCUCACUACUACACUUGUCGCACCGGCCAUGAAGGGUGUUGCUAUAUCAGAAAAACAAUGUCCUAUGUGUUGGGGCGAAGGAUUUCUCGAAGAUGGUUCUGGCGCCCACGAUAGAAUCCAGGAGCUGGAGGGGCAGGUGCAUGCGUUGACAGCGCGCGCUUCCGCUACAGCUUCCAAACUCACCGAGUACGAAGAUGAAAUCCGCCGUCUACGAGCCUCUCAAUCCCAAGGUCGCCUUACAAACCUAGCCUCUCUUCUCCCCUACCGACGCGGCAGCGCAACCCCAGCAAGCGCACCCUCAACAUCCAGCGGCGCCGUUCUCCCAAGUACCCCGACCGCGCUGACAACACCCCACACACAUAUGUCCCCCGCGAAUAGCGAGCACACCGCCGAAUUACAGGAUGCGCUUACGCGCGAACAGAGACUGCGCGAGGCGGCCGAGUCGCAGCUUUCGCAGGCAAGUACUGAGUUAGAGGAGUUGACUGUACAACUUUUCAGUCAGGCAAAUGAGAUGGUUGCGGAGGAGCGGAAGGCUCGCGCGAAGCUUGAGGAGAGGGUUGCUGUGUUGGAACGGAGGGAUGUUGAGAAGCGUAGUCGGCUGGAGAAGUUGGAGAAUGCUAUGGCGCGUGUGGAACGGUUGAGGGCUUUGGUUAAUCAGCAAUGA